AUGGCUCCAAAAGUUAAGGGUGCCGAUCGUUGGUUUUGGAAAGUUGUUUCCUGGCCGAAAUUUGACAACGGGUUCCGAGAAGCGGCGCUCUCAUGUGAGCUGGCAAGCUUUCACUUUGUGCUGGCGCUCGACUGCGCCUCUGAAGGAGAGUUUGCUGCCAAGUAUCUGAGUCUGAUCAAGGAUGAUCAGCCAGAGGUCCAUGCUGCGCUCGCAGAAAGAACACAGAUGCUUGAGCAGUUCUGGAUUUUAAUCAAGGCCUCUGAGUCAUGGUUCGAUGAAUCGGUCGCUUUGCAGACUGGCACUGGCCAUGCUCUUAAAAGAUGCUUCGGCGAGCUUAGUCCAGCUUCUGUGCCUGCUCGAAGGGAGUCGGCCGUGAAAGCCCUUCUACCGCCCCCUAAGCUUCCGAGGCCGAAAGCCAGAUUGAUCAACCAACCUGCGAGCUCAUCUACAACUCCGCUUCUGGAUCAAGAGCUGGCCGAGAAGCAGAAGUGGGCUCAGCGGCUGAAGUUGAUCGCCGAGAGAGCCGGGGACCAUGCGUCACCCUCAGGGGGUCCGACAGCUCCAGAGGUGCUCUCGUCCGCAGAAAAGGCUCGCCUUCGGCAUCUUGUUUUCACAUCAGGUGCGCCGAAUACCAUGGCAGGCCACAUUCGCAGGUACGAGAAGCUUGAAGAUUGGGCAGCAUCGAUCGCUAUGCCGCUCUACCCCAUCUCUGUGGAUAGGAUCCUUAAGUACGCUCUCUACUUGGAUUCCAAGGAAUGCGGCCCCACCGUUCUGCCGUCCCUCCGGACAGCCAUAAAGUGGGUCGCGUUCCGUAUCGACCUGGAGAUCCCGGAUCUGGAUGAUGCUCGGAUCCUCGCUCUUGAGAAACAGAUCUUUGAUAAGAGAGGCAGGCCGCUCAAGGAGGCGCCGGCAUUUCCAUUUCCCCUCGUGGUAGCUUUGGAGACGGCGAUCACCGAUGACAGAUGGAGUGUGCCAGUGCGCAUCUUCCUAUGGUGGGUCACGUGCAUGAUCAUGGCCUCUCUCAGGUUUGAUGAUGCUGUUCACGUGAAGCCCACCGAGCUCGAGUUGAACGAGGAGGGCCUCUUCGGAGUUUCGUGGCAAACCAAAACGGAACGAAAGCGUCGAGGCACCAAGUUCUUGGUCCCCGACGUGUCCUUUGGCCAGGUUCCAUGGCUGCGCGCUGGUUGGUCCUUGUUCCAGGCUCACUUUGCGGAGGAUCUAGAGAGGGACUUCUGGGUGCCCGAGCUCAACACCCGGGAGGCCUUCACAUGCCACGCUCCAGCCUAUGACAGGUCCCUGCAAUGGCUCGUUCACUGUCUCUGGCACGUGGGUCAUGACGCUCAACUCAACCAGGACCUUCUAACGGCGAUCCCCUCGCUCAAAUGGCACUCAUGUAGAGUGACACUGCUGGAUCAAGCGGUCCGCCAGGGACAUCAAGCUCCUAGCAUUGGCCUUCAAGCCAAUUGGAAGAAUCCAGGCCCGCUCGUCCAGAAGUACGCUCGCUCGCGGACAGGAGUUUCCGCCAACAUGAUCAAAGACAUUGUGGCGGACUACAAACGAUACCAUGAUCCUAAAUGCGUUCUCCCCGAGGAUGAAGUCGAUGACGGGGAGGACUUUGAGCUCAACGUGACGGAGUUCUUCACCAAGAAUCCCAAGAAGGGCUCCGCUUAUGAACACAAGAUCCAUGUGUGCUCAGCUGAGGAUAUGCAGACGAUCGCCUGUGGUCGUGCCCGUGCUGAGGACUGUGUUCACAUCGGAGCGCUGCUACCGGAUGUUGCCACGGCUCGCAGCUCCCGUCUCCCCCGUGCACUCCUCGCCAUCAUGGUGGAUCGCACGCUGUACCCCGACGACAAGAUCCCGGAGCUGGCCGUUCGGCAAAUUUUUGGCCGAAAUCGACUGCCGGAGCCCUUGUGCUUGCUCCUCGCGGACAAUGGUCUCAACACAGUGGCCACGCUUUCCAUGCUCGGGGACACCAUUGCAGUUGUCCAGACCACCAUGAGGGCGAUCGUCCCCGACGAGAACAAGUUCGGAGCUUCGCCGGAGGAGCCCAGCAAGGUGCCGGAGAUCCCCGGGGAGGACCACGCGGAGUUUCGCGAGCUCUUCGUGGCGGCGCACCCCGACGUGCUCCUCACCUAUCACAAAGAGCCGCACCGGAAGUUCGUGGAGAGAAUCCACCGUGACUACAUGGUCCACGGGGCGGUCGCUUUCUAUGAGGUCGCCGAAAUGCGGACUCGGAACGAGACGAUCGUCCAAACCGCAAGUUUGGCCAAAACAUCGGAGGAUCUCCUGCGCGUGGUCCAAACUGACUCCAAGUCAGCCAUUGCCUCGGAGUCGCAGGUCAUGGACCGUCUUCACGCUUUCUUCGUGGCGCUCGAGUUCCUCAACAUUUGCGAGUUCUCCUUUGCGGCAGGUCCUCUUCGUUACUUAGCAGAGCUCGAAGAGUGGCGCCACGAAAACCGAGGACUAGCAGUUCUGCUGUCAGCGGACACUCUCCUUCGGCGCAAGGUCUACAAGCUCAACAACGACAAGCGCAAGGACUACCCCACCUUCUCAGCGGCUCUGCUGCAGGUGUUGGAACACCAUAAGCAGCUCUGGAACGAUGCCCGCUCGGCCGCCGAGUUGGACAAGUUCAAGCAAAUGGAAUUCGAUGUGGGUGCGCGCGGGGCCAAGCGCUCGCGCUCGCCUACACCGGACGCUGCCCUCCCCAAGGAGAAGGCCGCUCGUGCCCGCCGCAACAAGGCCAAGCGGGACAAGCAGAAGCAGCUUUUCAAGCAGCUUAAAGAAGAGAAAGCCACUGGAAAAGGAGGGGGCAAAGCUCGCGGUGCCGAAGGACGAGUUAAGCUCGUUGCCCGGGACACGCGCGUGCCCGAAGCGGAGUGGAAGAAGCUCAUGUCGUUCACAUACUCGGGUCGCAAGCGUUGCCCCUGGUAUAACUGCUCCCUCGGAUGCCGCUUCGGUGUGGUGGCCCCUCCGCCCGGGAAUUUUUCUCCUCCGGCGGAGGGGCCGCCGCCUUCUCAGCGGAAUCCGCAUGGGGAUGUGUUCUGUGAGUCAGCGGUUGACGCUGCCCGUUCGCAGCUGAAUGCUGAUCCCUCUCAGUCUACAUACCCAUGGCAUUCCUGGUCACAGGUGCCGAGGACGGUGGCUCAAGUGCUCCCGUUCGGGCCCUUCUUCCUCGAGGUCUUCGCAGGCGAGGCAGGGUUCACUGCUGAGGUUGCCAAGCUCGGCGUGCCAGUGCUCCCGCCCAUCGACGUGGAACAAGCUGGCCUCGUCCAAGAGCCGCAGGACUUGCUGGACGCCGCUUUCUUUGGCUUCCUCAUCACGCUUCUGCUCGCAGGGGCCGUGUUCUUCCUGCACCUCGGGACACCCUGCGGCACUUUCAGCAUUGUUCGUACACGACAACCAGGGCCAGCGCCGCUUCGUUCAGUCGGCCAACCUCUCGGUCUAGAUGGCCUCAACCCAGGUGAUCGCGACGACCUCUGGCUCGGCAACCAUCUGCUCUUUCUUUCGAUCGAGCUCAUGGAAGCGGUCCUGCAAACCGGUGGAGAUGUUUCCCUCGAGAACCCGGCCGAUAGCUUCAUGUGGCUUGUUCCGCCCGUCCUGAACCUCAUCGCCAAGUUCGCGCUGCAGUUCACCUACUUGGAUCAAUGCGAGUUUGGUGCCAGCUCUAAGAAGCCCACGCGCUUUCUGAUAUCCCAUGCAGCGUGUGGGCAGGGCAUGCGUACCUGCUCGCAACGCCAUAAGCACAAGAAGCUGCUUGGAACAACCUUUUGGCAUGGCCGAUGGGUCUGCUCCACUAAAGCGGCUCAGGUCUACCCCCAGCCGCUUUGUCGAACGUUAGCACGCGCGGUAUGUCACAUACAUAGCCGCUCGUGCCCUCAGUUCUGUCGCAGCUUCGCGCUGGUGGUGCCCGCAGCCGAUCGGAAGCACGCACUGGGCCAGGCCGCGAAUUGGAAGAUGCAUCGUCAGGCCCAGGGCGCCGCUCUCGCACAGGCAGCGGGCUACCAGCUCAAGAGGGGGGCUGUAAAGCCCCUGCUGGAUUGCGAGGUUGAGCCCGGCGAAGCGAUCGAGUGGGCACUCAAGGUCGACCACCCCUUCUCCGUGCCGCCCCCGCUCUCCCAGCAGCUCCUUGACAACAUUCAACUGGUUACAACGCAAGGGGCAGUGCUGAACUCCGCUCGCCGUCGAGAUCUGGAUUUCUGGAAACAGCAAGCCGAGCUCCUGCUGCCGCACACUGCGAGCAUGAUCGAUUCGCUCCCAGAUCCUGCUCUUCGUCGCCUCCUUCGUGGACGAGCCGAUGGGCAGCCUUGCCAAUUGGGAACGACGUGCCACGUCGCGCUGUACAAGGCUCUGUUGCUUCGGGCAGGCUCGCUCGACAAAGACCUGCCGAAGCUCUUGCUGCAUGGUUUUCCGAUCGUGGGACCUAUCUCGAAAUCCGGUCGUUGGCCGGCUUAUGAGAAGCAGCAGACGGUCCUCUCCGUCGAGCAUGCUCUGGCUCGGGCCUGGGAAAUUCGGGCUAAGAUCCUUAAGCGGGUUCGGGCUGUGCCAGUUUCCGACGAGUUAAGGUCCAUUUGGAAAGCCUCUCUUGAAGAUGUUGCAGACGGCUCUUGCCUUGGCCCCUUCGCGACCGAGGCAGAGGUCUCUGCGUGUGUAGGGGCAGACGACUGGAUCCCGACCCAGCGGUUCGCAGUCGUGCAGAAGAACAAAGUCCGCGGUUGUGAUAGUGCUACCUCCAACCUCAUCAACCAGAUCACACAGAUCGUCGAGAAGCUCCAGCUCCCGGGAACGGACCUGAAUGUUGCGGCUCUUCGCGAACUGCGUUCCCGCUCGGGGGAGGCCAAGCUGAAAGGUUGGGUCCUCGACGAGAAGAAGGCUUACCGUCAGGUUCCGAUUGCUCCGGAGCACAGGAAGUUCAGCGUGAUCUGCCUCAGAGAUCCGGACGAUGGUCAGGCAAAAGGAGUGGUCUCGGCGGUCUACAACUCUAAUCGACGUUCGGCUGCGAUCAAUGAGAUCCUGGAGAAGCUCUUCGGCCUCGUUGCCUUUAACCUUUAUGACGACAAGUACGGCUUCGAGACGGAAGAGACGAUCGACUCCGCCCAUGAGGUUGCGAUCGGGAUCCACUGGUUGCUGGGCGCGGGCUUCGAGCAGAAGAAGUUGCAGAAGACCUCGAAGCCGAUCGUGCUCGGGGUCACCUACGAUCUCGACCGCCUGGAGCUAGCGAUCAAGGACGACAGGAAAGAAGAGCUAGUCUCGUUGAUCGAUUCGAUCCUGGAGUCGGGCUCUCUGGACCCAGGAUCGGCUGGCAAGCUCAAGGGCAAGUUGAUGUUCGGAGCGAGCCAUCUCUGGGGCAAAGUGGGAAGGGCUUUCCUGAGGCCCCUCUCCGAACGUCAAUACUCCCGAGAUCGAAGUGAUCUGCGUUCUUCAUUGUCGGCUCCGUUGAGGCGGUCGCUCGUGCAAUGGAAGAAGUUGAUUCGCGAAGGGCCACCCAGGCAGAUCGCUUUGCGAACUUCAAAGCCCGCUGACGUGGUCAUCUUCACGGACGGGUUCGCGCCGGACCUCAGAAAGAAGGAAAAUGGCCCGGAGAGAAUAGGGGCUGUUUGCUUCGAUCGGAGAGGAGCGGCGCCGAUCCAGUUCUCCGAAGCGAUCCCAGAGGCGGUCAUUCGGAAGUGGGUCCCGAGGGCGACUCAGAUCUUUCCCGUUGAGCUGAUCGCCCCGGUGCUGGCGCUGGCUACGUUCGCAGAUCAAGUGAGGGGCAGAGACGUAGUUAUGCUGAUAGACUCCGAAGGAGUGGAAGCAGCACUGAUCAAGGGAUACUCGUCCCAUGAAGACCUCGUCGAGAUCAUCGAAGUCUUUUGGGAUCUUGCAUUCGAACUUCGAGCCAAUGUUUUCAUCGAUCGUGUUUCAACGGAUGGAAAUCCGGCUGAUUGGCCGUCCAGAAACAACCUCGUUCGUGGUACUGAAGCAGGCUGGCAGACGGCUCAGUGCUGUUGGCCUCCUGCUCUUGUGCCUGGCUUUCGUGCCGUUUGA